GUUAUUUUCCGUGUGGCAAGAAUCUGAGAAGCUCGCUCUAGUGUUAAAAAAGAGAAAAAUUGUUCUUUCAAGUAGUUGCGUCAUCCACAUGGUUUUGUCUGAAGUGAAAUAAAUUAGAAAUAAUUCAAUAAGUACGUUAAAUACACAAUUACAACAAUGCUAACAGCAACGCGGGUGAUAAGCCGAAAGGCGUUGGACUGUUCCGGGAUUUCAGAUAUCUAUACGCACAGAAAUUUCUCCUCGAUUCUCAAAAAUAGCGCAGCUCCCACAGUACCAAUCUACCAACAACAUGGAUUACAACAAAGGCAUAAGUCGGAGGGCGUUCGUGGCGCUGUCAUCGGUAUCGACUUGGGAACAACAAACUCGUGUGUCGCUGUUAUGGAGGGGAAGACUCCCAAGGUAGUCGAAAACAGCGAAGGUUCCAGAACGACGCCCUCCCACGUGGCCUUCAGCAAGGAUGGCGAACGAUUGGUCGGUAUGCCCGCCAAGAGACAAGCCGUCACCAACAGUGGGAACACUUUCUACGCUACCAAGCGUCUCAUCGGAAGGAGGUUCGAGGAUCCCGAGGUCCAGAAGGACAUGAAGAAUUUGUCUUACAAAGUCGUCAAGGCAUCGAAUGGCGACGCUUGGGUUCAAGGAAGCGAUGGAAAAGUCUACUCGCCGAGUCAAAUUGGUGCGUUCGUUCUGAUGAAGAUGAAGGAAACGGCCGAAGCUUAUCUGAACACGAGCGUGAAGAACGCCGUCGUGACUGUGCCGGCUUACUUCAACGAUUCCCAGCGACAGGCCACCAAGGAUGCCGGACAAAUUUCCGGUUUGAACGUGUUGCGUGUGAUCAACGAACCGACCGCCGCCGCUCUCGCCUACGGCAUGGACAAGACCGAGGAUAGAGUUAUCGCAGUCUACGAUCUCGGCGGUGGAACAUUCGACAUAUCCGUGCUCGAAAUUCAAAAGGGUGUUUUCGAAGUGAAAUCCACCAAUGGCGACACUUUGCUCGGCGGUGAGGACUUCGACAACGUCAUCGUCAACUUCCUCGUAGACGAGUUUAAGAGAGAUCAAGGUAUCGACAUCCGCAAAGACGCAAUGGCCAUGCAACGUCUAAAGGAAGCCGCUGAGAAGGCCAAGAUUGAACUGUCCGGUUCCCUGCAGACCGACAUAAACCUACCCUAUCUCACUAUGGAUGCUUCGGGACCGAAGCACAUGAAUCUGAAGAUGAGCCGCUCGAAGCUGGAGUCGCUGGUGGGCGACCUGAUCCGGCGCACGGUGGCGCCGUGCCAGCGCGCGCUGCAGGACGCCGAGGUGGCGCGCACCGACGUGGGCGAGGUGCUGCUCGUGGGCGGCAUGACCAGGAUGCCCAAGGUGCAGGCCACGGUGCAGGAGAUCUUCGGGCGGGCGCCGUCGCGCGCCGUCAACCCCGACGAGGCGGUGGCCGUGGGCGCCGCCGUGCAGGGCGGCGUGCUGGCCGGCGACGUCACCGACAUCCUGCUGCUCGACGUCACGCCGCUGUCGCUCGGCAUCGAGACGCUGGGCGGCGUGUUCACCAAGCUCAUCACGCGCAACACCACCAUCCCCACCAAGAAGAGCCAGGUCUUCUCCACGGCUGCUGACGGCCAAACUCAGGUCGAGAUCAAGGUUCACCAAGGCGAGCGUGAAAUGGCGACAGACAACAAACUCCUCGGACAGUUCUCCCUCGUCGGUAUCCCGCCAGCUCCGCGAGGCGUUCCACAGAUCGAGGUCACAUUCGACAUUGACGCUAACGGCAUCGUACACGUAUCGGCGAGAGACAAGGGCACCGGCAAAGAACAACAAAUCGUGAUCCAGUCAUCGGGCGGUCUUUCCAAGGACGAGAUCGAGAACAUGGUGAAGGCGGCCGAACAGUUCGCAGCGGCGGACAAGGACAAGCGCGAGCGGGUGGAGGCCACCAACCAGGCCGAGGGUAUCCUACACGACACCGACACCAAGCUGGACGAGUACCGCGCGCACUUGCCCCAGGACGAGUGUGAUAAGCUCCGCGGUGAAAUGGCCAAGCUCCGUGAACUGCUGGCACAGAAGGAGACGGCAGACCCUGAGGCGAUCCGCACAGCAACCGGCCAGUUGCAGCAAGCCAGCUUAAAACUCUUCGAACAAGCAUACAAGAAGAUGGCAGCCGAACGCGAAGGUGCGUCAUCCGGUGCGUCCCAAACACAGACACCGAGCGAGGACGAAAAGAAGGAAGAGAAGAAGAAUUAAUUUAAAUAUAAAAAAAAAAAAAACAAACAUUAGGAAGUAUAUAAGUACUGUAAAUAUUUAAUUCAACCAAAUACAGCCGAAUGUUGCAAUGAAAACGAUUCUAAACGUAUAUGUAUUGUAUAAAUUUAUAAUGUCACAAUAAUAAUUUACUAGAGAUGUUUUUUUACGAAUGUUAUACGAAAUAUGAACAUUUGAAUUGUAAGAAAUUAUCUCGAUACAUAUAUAUAUAAAGGCAUUGUAUAGGUUGAAAAUGUCUGUAUGUGUAAAGGGAACUCGGCUACAUUAAGACAUCACAGUGUAAGGGGGGAGGACAAAAUGAAAAAUCUUUAUAACACACGUGAUUAACAGAAAAGCUUAAAUAUAAAGAUUUGUGAUAUGAUAAGAAUUGAGAUAUGUACCCGAUGGUAAGCAACCUUAACGUCGCUUGAAGGUCGUUAUUUAUACUACUCUGAACACAAAAUGAUCUAAGAUCAUAAAUUUAAUGAAUAUGUUUUAUACGUGGCUAUUUUUACCUUUUAAAGUUAUACGUGAACGACUUUGUCCUCUCGACCUUAACGCGUCGACUAAUAAACCUUUUGUCUAACUAAAAUAUCGACAAAUAAAGUAGGAAUUGUGUAAAGAGCGGUACCAACCUAAUAAAGGAAUCACGGGCAGGAAAAUGUGUGACAGAGAUGAGAAUACUGUCUUGUCUUCUCUAUCCUACGUGACGGUAUAGAAAGAUGGAUGCUUAUGUUAAAAAGAUGUAAAAGAAAUAAUUAGCUAAGUCACGUGAUUAAAGGAAGGAAGGCGAUGAAAGUUACUGCGACUGGAAUAGAAUUUUCAGUUGAGUAGACGCUAAGAUUUGAACGAGUACAUGUAUCGGUGACAGACUAAAUCUGGUUUAAUUUCUGAAUUCAUUUUGUUCAUAUUUUGUAUAUAUUCUAUAUAAAUGAAAUCGUACAAACACGAUGUUAUUUGUAAUAAAUUUACGAGUACCUUAGAAGUCAAUCAUAUGUGAAAAGGGCGCGGAUUUAAUAUACAAACUAUGAACUACUAUGAAAGCGGACCUGUCUUUACGUUUGUUUAAAGAUGUUUAGUGGUAGUUCGAUCUGCAGUGACCAUCAAAAGUGCAGUGUUGUCUGGGUGCUCCCAGGGAGCUUCUUAAUGUGCUCUCGACACGGAAGGGAUUCCUAAACGUAUUUUAGAAGUUUAAUAGUUAAAUACGAUUGUAUUUAUCUUAAGAUACUGGUUUAGAUUCUCGUGUGUGGGCUUAUAAAAGAUAGCAAGUAUUUUAAUAUCCAGUCGAAUUGAUAUUUGGAUUAUUUCGAAUUCAGAUCUGAGAAGAACCGUUGCAUGAAACAUGAACAUGUUUUAUUAUUAUUUUUUAAUUUACGUAAAUGAGGAAGAGAAAUGAGCGAAGAAUUGAUCCUUGUGGAACCCACACACUAAAACUUCGCGAAAUUUCGUUCCGUUUAUAUCCCUCUAAAGUCGAUUGCUCGGCUAUGAUAUCGGAACAGUACGCUUAACUCUUCUUAAGCCAUCAUAUGGAGGUGGCAUAACCAAUCGACGAGACGAAAACACCCUAAGUCUUAAGAUCCGCGCCUCUAUUGUUUUGUUCUAGAAGUUUCCAAGUUAAGUAUUAAAUUGACGCAAUGCCAUUAUAAAAAUUUAUCAAAGAAUUCACAGAAUACAAUUAUUGCUAAGUAUGUUAGUAUAGGGACGUAAAUACAAUCUCAUUGAGAUGAGAGCGAUUCGUCACUAAGCCUCGUAGUUUUUAGUUUUUAAUAUAAUAAUUUGUAGGCGAAAUUCCUUGUAGAUUAUUAUCCCCUUUUUUUUUUUUUUUGUUUCUUGUGAGAAAAUAUAUGGUGUUUUGUUACUCUGCCAAGACACCAACCGGAAUUGAACAUUUAUAGAUAAGUCGUUGAUUUUUAUUCGAUUGUCUAUAAAGUAGAUUUGUUUGUUGUUUUUUUUAGUAAAAUUUUGGUUGAUUGAAAAUAAAAUUCCAUAUAUUUUCUACUCAACACUGUCGAUAAAAUUGUUAUGUAGUUUAAAAGGACUGGUAUCCGAUAAGUUGUUUUUUUAAAAUUGCCUUUCUCGUGUAAUAUAUUUAUAAUUAUAACGGUAUGUUCGUUUGUUUGUUCGUUCGUAGGGGAUAGAUUUUUUAGCGUAUUUUGGAUAGAUAGGAUGUGGCGAAGCUUUAUUUUGCAUUUAAGUAGAUUUAAAGGGCGAUAAGUGAUUUUUUUCUUUUUUUUUUUGAGGCGAUUAUUUUGCCCUUUUUAUUCUGAUGUUACACGUUAGUUAUCGAUUUGAAUUUUUGAUCACUCGAAUAUAUAAUUAAUUGUAUUUGUGUGUAUAUUAUAAAAGUAUAUAUAUAUAUAUAUAUAUAAUAUACAAGGAGCCUCAUAACGUGUAUGUUAUAUGUAGGUAUGCAAGUUACACGAUAAAUUUAUUAUUCUUUGUAGAAUUUAAUAAUGAUGUAUAUAAAAUUUGUCGGGAUUAGAGUCCAAAUGUGGGUUGCGUACUAUAUGAGUACAUUAAACCCCCCAAAACAAGCAAUACUUAGUAUUAAUGUGUUCUGGAGGGUAAGCCAGUGUAGCUACAGGCAUUGGUGGUGUAAGGAAUGGUUAAUGAUACCACCAGUACAUAACUAUUCCAUGUGUCCGAUAGCCUACCUAUAUCAUAAAAAUGAAGAAGGAAUUCACCUAUCGCCCAUUGUUUGAUAAUACGCCUUAAAAUCUAUUCCAAUCACGAACAAGCUUGUUAAUGUUUUAAAAAAGUUAAUUAUAAUGUGUAUAUUUUUAAGUUAUACCUCUCCGCCAUCUCGUUGAGUUUAUUAUUUAUUAUAUUUAGCAAAUGAUGAAUAAUUAUUUUUUUCUGACUUUUGAUUUAUGUAUAAAAAUAUAUGCAUUAUAAUUGUACAGAAGCAACAGCGUCUGUGUGUGUUUUGCGACGCGAUGGAAAUUGUAUGUGAAGUUAGUUUAGUGAAAUAUAUUAUUUCGAGAACUU